ACCAUCGCUAAUGACCAUUCCCUCUCUACUUCAGAUAUGUGCCGACAUCUCAAGUUUAACAAACCAACUCAAGGCUUUGCCCUGGAAGGUCAUGUAAUAAAAAUCUAUUCUAUAGGAUUACAUGAAUCCUGUAAAAAUCUGUGCACAAUGGACAACCGGUGUGUCUCAUUUAACACCGGUCCAUCGGCGAAACCAGACAAUAUGGUGUGCGAGCUGAGUGAUUCUGAUGCCAAAAGACAUCCCGACGAUCUUAAGUCACGAAUGGGCUUUUUUUACAGAGACGCUAAGGUGAGAGAUCGAACACUCUUUGCAGAAAUUAAAACUCGCAACAACCACAUGCUACAUAGAAAUAUCGAGCCAGAAAAUUUUACGCUCUUUCAUUAAGAAUAUUUUAGCGUAAUAUUGGUUAAUGCAAAUGAUUAGUAUAGAACUAACGGUUUUUAACGGAUCAAAUCUUGAGGCUGCGCAACCAUUCCACCUUCACUUAAAAAAAGGAAACCGAGAAAUAAGGAAUCAGUGACGAGAGCUCAAAACUUUUGCCAUUUUUUUUUCAGAACUUAUGUAGCAACAUAAUUUGUUCCCAUAACGGAACUUGUCUGACAGGAUUCACAGAUAAAGGAUAUUUUUGUGAGUGCAAAUCUGGUUCGGGAUUUACUGGACAACACUGCGAAAAAGGUAAAAAUAAAAAAGGAAAUCUUCUUUUGAUUUUACCUUUUUUACAAAUAUUUCUGCAAGUAAAUCGGUCGCUUUCAAUGGGGAUUUACGAUUCAUAUACCUUCAAAUUGUGCGGAUAUACCAGUUGGUCAUUUAACUUGGCUUGUUAGUAGCUUGAUCAAUUCAUUAUGACUAGAGAGCUACAAUCUUGCCCCAAAGUCUUGACGGAUUUCGAUGAAAGCGCCCUUACUUAGGCGUCUCUUUAGGCGUGCCGUUCUCUUUUCUCUCUCUCUUGUAAUGUUGAUUUUAACACCAUUUAUCAUUACUCCCGCUCUCAUCACUGGUGGGGGGUAGGGGCUUAGUCACCAUUAAACGAUCAAUACCAAUGUUGCCUGUUUAACUGCCUUUUUCGUAUGUAUUGCGAGAUUCUCUCAAGGACGUUUGAACACACGUACGAUUUUAAUAGCUAUCCAGCCUUAGCGAUUGCUUUAAGACGCUAAUCUCGAACUAUCUCUAUCAUCUGAGAUUAAACAUUUUUUGUUGUUUAAAUGAGUCAUUUAUUAAUCACGCACACAUUACAUUGCAUUGCCUCUCAUGUUUGUUUCAGAGAACUGGAAAAAGGUCAACAAUGUCGCCAUUUGCUUCGGGGGUGUAGAAAACUCUCAAAGAAAUUUUUCAAUGAGGGAGUCCGGCCUGAUAUUUACAUUCAAGCUUGUUUACAGGAGUGGCGAUGGUAUUAAAUGCAAUCCUGGUGUUUCUUCAGCAUACUGGGGAUGUACGAGCCCUUUAGUGGGUGAAAAGAAACUUUUUACAGUCAUAACAUUUCCAAACAAGACUGCUCUACCGAUUGCAGACUACGCAAAAGAUACCUCUAGCUGCAACUUUAAGUAUCAUUCAUAUCAACUUAAUGGCACUGAUGUAAACUCAACUGAACUGGUAUUUAAAACAAUGUUUUCCCCUUUGCCAGUGUCGAUUGGCCAAGUAUUCCAAAUUUGGUAUGCGGAAGUCUUAGAUAAUUGCUAUUGGAGUAAUAACAGUGGCGAGACAUGCGCUGAUGUUUACGCGUGGUAUGCUUAG